AUCAAAACAAUAACGAAGAAAAAUAUUUGCAAUUUCAUUAAAUUUUUACUCUAAUUGGCUACAAAUUUUCUUUAGCCUCGAGACACACUAAAAAUAAACUUUUAAAGGUUUUGAUGCUAUUAUAAUUUAUAUUGUUAUAGAACUACUCAAUAUAAUUAACCAUUGAAAUGAUGGAAUUUAUGAAAGAAGCACUCGAUCUAGCUAAAGAAGCUUUACAGGCCAAUGAAGUUCCAGUUGGAUGUGUUUUUGUAAAAGGUGGAAUAAAAGUGGCAAAAUCUAGAAACAAAGUUAAUGAAACUCGUAACCCUACUAGGCAUGCUGAAAUUAAUUGUAUAGAUGAAGUCUUAAACUAUUGUCAAAGACAUAACAUUGACCAAAUUAAUUUUUUUAAAGACAUUGUUGUUUAUGUAACUGUGGAACCAUGUAUUAUGUGUGCAUCAGCUUUAAAGAAGUUAUAUGUAAAAGAAGUUGUUUUUGGUUGUCCAAAUGACAGAUUUGGAGGAAGUACAGUCUUAGAUGUAAACAAAAUUUACACGGAAGGAUUUAAAUUAACUGGUAACAUGUUGCCAACUGAAGCUAUGGAAUUAUUGAAACAAUUUUAUAAGGGCACUAACCCACAUGCACCAGAGUCAAAGGUAAAAAAGAAAUCUAACAUAUCCAUUGAUAAAAAUUAAUGAAACAAGAUAUAUUUUAUAUAUUACUAUGUCAUGUAUUUCUAAAUUCACAGAUGUAACUUUAAAUCUAAAUUCUAAUACAAUAUUUAAAUUAUAUAUUAAUAUGUAACACUAGGUGCAUUCAUAUUAAACUUUAUGACUACUAAUAAUGUUUGAAAAUUAAUCAAAAUUUGGAAUAAAAAAAAUGUUAAAUAGUUUUAAGUGACUCCUUAUGUAUCAUAAUCUAUGAACUUAUACAUGAAAUAAAAAAGUCAGCUGUUAAACUAAUAUGCAGAGUGCAUAUUAUAUUAUAUUGAUAAGAUAAUAAAAAGUAUGGAAGUAAUAUAUUGAUUUUAUAUGAAUACAUACACACUAUCAUUGAAUCUAACAUAGACAUAUUAAAUAUAUUAUGCCAAUAAAGGAGUAAAUAAUAAUGUGUUGCACACAUACUUAACAUAGAUUGUGCUUUGACUUAGAAAAUAGUAUACCUCCAACAUAACAUUGCUUUU